AUGGCACCGGCAGGGGGUCCCACCAAUGUUCUGUCACGGAUACUAUCUGGAGAUGAACAUCGUGGAGACAGCGCCAAGCAGCAGUUUCGUCCAACGUCUGUGGCGUGGAAUAUUCACAAUCGUUCUGUCUCGAGUAAGUAUUCUGCAUUAACCCCUGAUGUGUACUUGGAAUUGCUGCAAUGUGAUUGCCAAAGCCUGCUUUUGUUGCCACACCCGGCUGUAUUGCGACGGUUUUUCUCUCUCGACUUUGGUCAACGUGGAUUGUCGAUUCGGCACUUUCGUCUUUUGAGUACACUAGAAGCUCGGGAGCUUCUUGGUGGAUGCUCUCUCGUGUUUGGGAACGUGGUAUCGAUCGCGUGUUCACCCGAUGUUGGUCGUCUAGUGGAGCACGCGCGAGCCUUUGUGAGCACUUUGAUUCGCAACCGUGUGGCAUUUGACAAUGUAGCGGUGGAAGAACUUGCUUACUGGGUUGAUGAGCGAUUUGAAGUAUUUCGGUCAUUGCUCGCUCAAGGCGAGAAUGAUGCUGCGAAUAUUGUCAUCCAAUAG